CGUCCCGCGAGACGUUUACCUGGGCCCCAGGUGAACGCAGAAGGAGGAGUUGCGUUGAGGCUGCUCACCUGGCGGGACAGGGUGCUGAAGGGGAAUCCAAGGAAGCCAAAGGUCUGGCCUUCAUAGGAGAUUGAUCAGAAAACGAAGACCAAGAAACUGGAAGCAAAGCCAAGAAGAUGUAGGUCACACAACAGUGUGUCUCUAAGGAACAAGGCUUUGAGGAGACAGCAAGGUGCCUAGCCCGGCCACAGUGUGGAGAACAUAAAAGAAAGCAGAGAAAGAUAAGACCAGAAAGGCACCUGUAAUGUGGUGAGCCAUGCCUGGCCGGCGUUCUGGACAUUCUCGCCCAGCAUCCUGCCCUGCCCGGCCAGGCCAGACCUCUCCGUGGGAGCGACCACCAGGUGUCUCUCCCAGAGAGGUCUGUCUUGACAUGUAUGGUGCAGGUACACCCCAAGUCAAGCCAAGCCGCCGGCCGGCCCAACCAGCCACUCCCCGGCGGGUCCGCAGGCCCAACCCCAAAGACCCUAGUGCUCGAGAGUCAGAGAGCAUCACCUUCAUCUCGGGCUCGGCCGAGGCCCCCCUGGACACCACAACAUGCUGCCUCCCCCGGCCCUGGGUCUGGAACUUAUGCAAGGCUGUAUUUUGUUUCCGCCGUUGCCGGGCCUGCUAUCAGCGCUGUGGGGGUUGUAUGCGCAGCUGUGAGACCUGCUUGCCCUCCUUGGGCCCUCCAGAGAACUUUCCUGAUGAGGGCUGGGGCAAGGAACACAAUGGUGGCCCGCCCCCCAACAGCCCGACCACUGUUUCUCCCAGCCGGCGGGACAGAGAGAGGUCCAAGUCGUUCAUGGGCAGCAGCUUCAGCUACCCUGAUGUCAAGCUGAAGGGCAUCCCCGUGUACCCAUACCGGGGUGCGCCAGCCUCCCCCCCGGACACAGACUCUUGUUAUAAGGAGCCGCUGGCUGAGCAGCGGCCCCGAGACAGCCUGCCUGGGACCGUAGGUGGGAGCCUCCGGAGCUCAGAAGAGUACUACUCCUUCCACGAGUCAGACCUCGACCUCCCUGAGCUGAGCGGCGGCUCCAUGAGCAGCCGGGAGAUCGACGUUCUCAUCUUUAAGAAGCUGACGGAGCUGUUCAGCAUGCAUCAGAUUGAUGAGCUAGCCAAGUGCACUUCGGACACAGUGUUCCUGGAGAAGACGAACAAGAUCUCCGACCUCAUCAGCAGCAUCACCCAGGACUACCACCUGGAUGAGCAGGACGCCGAGUGCCGCCUGGUCCGAGGCAUCAUCCGCAUCAGCACCCGCAAGAGCCGCAACCGCCCCACCACCACCUCGGAGAGCCGCCUGAGCCGGGGCCCUGCCCCCGACAGUGGCACUGACACCAUGGUGGCCUCGGUGCUCAGCCAGGAUGAGCUGACUGUGCAGAUCUCCCAGGAAACAACAUCAGAUGCCAUCGCCCGGAAACUGCGUCCCUAUGGGGCUCCAGGUUAUCCGCCAAGCCAUGAUUCUUCCUUCCAGGGAACUGAGACAGACUCCUCAGGGGCACCCCUGCUCCAAGUGUACUGCUAGCCCCUACCCCAGCCCUCUGGGGCCUGCUGGCACUGCAGGCAGGACGGACGGGCCCCACGAACAAUUCUUCCCCCUUCCACUGGGCCACCUUCUAAGCAGUUCUGGGGAUGACUCGCACCUGAACUAACCAGGCUGCAGGCCUGACCUUCCCUAGGUGGUUCCGUUUACCCCCGUUCCCCAGAUCUCCGAUUAAUGUCCUGACACCACAAAGCACUGGGUUUCUGGGCCUUUCCCCUAAUCCCCAAGGGCUUCUCUCACUAGCUCCUCAGGGGAGGGUCUCCAGGGCCCUGCAGGAGCCAAGGGCUUUCUGCUUUACUAGUGGAUGGGUGGGUUUGGUUCUUUCAUUUCGUCGUCCACUGUAGGAUUCACUUGCCGUUAACUGACAGGCUGGGGGUUUUGUUUCAUGCCCGUUUUAAGCCCUCUCCAGCCUUUUUUGGGAUUUUUAUUUGGAAUAACGUGAGCAUGGCUGUUCAAUUUUGAAGUUGUCCUAGAGAUCCAUUGGUUCUUAUUACUGGCUACCUACACCUCAUCUGGUUCCUCUUAACACAUGAAACUCUUUGUCUGACCUGAUCCAGAAGCUUUUAUGAUAUUAAUAAAGUUGUUGGCUGACUGUU